CGUCUGACUCGAGCUCCCAGCCUGCACCGCUUCCCGCGCCUGCGAGGAUAUUGGCGGCCUAGGUGUUAGUGGCCUUAUGUGCACGCCUCAAGUUCUCGUGGGGUGCUGGGUGGUUGUUUUGGUUACGGCUGCUAAUGUUCCCCGACCCUGCGAGGGGAGGGACGGCCACCAGAGCGACUGACUGGCUACGCCUUUGCGUCCCCUAGGUGUGUGAGGUGGUGGUGGGUCCAGCUUUGGAUGUCCAGCCUUGAAGCUUUGGAGGAGGUCAAGUAGAGAAAAACUGACCCAUAAUAGUAAAAGAUGUCUCGAAAAAUUUCUAAAGAAUCAAAAAAAGUGAACAUCUCUAGUUCUCUGGAAUCUGAAGAUAUUAGUUUAGAAACAACAAUUCCUACAGAUGAUAUUUCCUCAUCUGAAGAGCGAGAAGGUAAAGUCAAAAUCACCAGGCAGCUAAUUGAACGAAAAGAACUGCUUCAUAAUAUUCAGUUGCUGAAAAUAGAGUUAUCUCAGAAAAAUAUGAUGAUCGACAAUUUGAAAGUGGAUUAUCUUACAAAGAUUGAAGAAUUAGAAGAGAAACUUAAUGAUGCACUUCAUCAGAAGCAGCUACUAACUUUGAGAUUAGACAACCAAUUGACUUUUCAACAAAAGGAUGCCAGAAAAUAUCAAGAACUAAUGAAACAAGAAAUGGAAACCAUUUUAUUGAGACAGAAACAACUAGAAGAGACAAAUCAUCAGCUAAGAGAGAAAGCUGGAGAUGUUCGUCGAAACUUGCGUGACUUUGAGUUGACAGAAGACCAGUAUAUGAAACUAAAAGGUUUUCCUGAAGAUCAGCUUUCUAUUCCCGAAUAUGUAUCUAUUCGGUUCUAUGAACUAGUGAGUCCAUUGAGAAAGGAAAUCUGUGAACUACAGAUGAAAAAGAAUGACCUAUCAGAAGAAUUAAGUACAAAUAAAGGCCAACUGAAACAACUGACAGAGACAUAUGAGGAAGAUAGAAGAAACUACUCUGAACUUCAAAUUAGAUGUCAACGUUUGGCCUUAGAAUUAGCAGAUACAAAACAGUUAAUUCAGCAGGGUGACUACCGUCAAGAGAAUUAUGAUAAAGUCAAGAGUGAACGUGAUGUACUUGAACAAGAAGUCCUUGAGCUUAGGAGAAAACAUGAAAUACUUGAAGCCUCUCACAUAACUCAAGCUAAAGAAAGAAGUGAAUUAUCAAAAGAGGUGGCUACCUUACAGCAGACCGUUACUUUGCUACAAAAGGAUAAAGAAUAUCUCAAUCGCCAGAACAUGGAGCUCAAUGUGCGCUGUGCCCAUGAAGAGGAUCGCCUUGAAAGGCUUCAGCUUCAACUCGAAGAGACCAAAAAGGCCCGAGAGGAGAUGUAUGAAAAAUACGUGACAUCCAGAGAUCAUUAUAAAACAGAAUAUGAAAAUAAACUACAUGAUGAACUGGAACAAAUCAAGUUGAAAACUAAUCAAGAAAUUGAUCAGCUUCGAAGUGCCUCUAGGGAAAUGUAUGAAAGAGAAAACAGAAAUCUCCGAGAAGCGAGGGAUAAUGCUUUGGCUGAAAAGGACCGAGCAGUGAUAGCGGAAAAGGAUGCUUUAGAAAAACAUGAUCAGCUCUUAGACAGGUACAGAGAACUACAACUGAGUACAGAAAGCAAAGUAGCAGAAUUUCUCCAUCAAAGUAAAUUGAAGGCUUUUGAAAGUGAGCGUGUUCAACUUCUUCAGGAGGAAACUGCAAGGAAUCUCACACAAUGUCAGCUGGAAUGUGAAAAGUAUCAGAAGAAGUUGGAGGUUUUAACUAAAGAAUUUUAUGGUCUCCAAGCCUCUUCUGAAAAACGCAUUACUGAACUUCAAGCACAGAACUCUGAACAUCAAGCAAGACUAGACAUUUAUGAGAAACUGGAAAAAGAGCUUGAUGAAAUAAUAGUGCAAACUGCAGAAAUUGAAAAUGAAGAUGAGGCUGAAAGAAUUCUUUACUCCUAUGGCUAUGGGGCUAAUGUUCCCACAACAGCCAGAAGACGGCUGAAGCAGAGUGUCCACUUGGCAAGAAGAGUGCUUCAGUUAGAAAAACAAAACUCAUUGAUUUUAAAAGAUCUGGAACAUCAAAAAGACCAAGUAACACAGCUUUCACAAGAGUGCUUGCCCUAGAUAAUAUGGGAAUGCAGUAUGGGUAUAUAGCCCAGUGGGGCGUGGAGCCUGAGGUAGAGGGAACGUUGCAAGUUCAAGGUUGGCCUGUACUACAUGGUGAGACCUGUGUCAAAAAACAAAAAAUGAGCUGGUAUUUUAUUGUCAUAUUUUAUUUAUACAUGUGUAAACUUCCACAAUAUAUUGUUAUUAUUGAAUAAUUGACAGUAUGAUAAAGAGAAAUAUUAAAGUGAGCAAAAUAAUUACAGUAUCUGGUAUUCUGCACUUCUUUGUAUGGCAGCUCACUGUGUAACCCAGGCUACCCUUGAAUUCAUGGGGAUUCUCCUGCCUGAGUCUCCCAAGUGCUGGAAUUAGGGAUGUGUACCCCUCCUCCCAGCUGUCUGUUUUUCAUGUUUCUUAUGCUUUAUUUUUUUCUAUUAUUUUCCUAAGGUAAAAUGUACAUAACGUAUUAGCCAUUUUAAAGUAAGUCAUUUGGCAUCCAUUCACAAUGUUGUGCAGUGACCACCACUGUCUUACUCUAGAAACAUUUUUCACCCUUUUUUGGAGGGAAAGGUACUAGAAAUUGAACCUAGGGCCUUUGUCCUGAGCUACAUUCCCAGACCUUCCUUUAUUUUUUUAAAAACAAGGUCUUGCUAAAUUGCCCAUAUUGGGCUCAAACUUGUGAUCCUCCUGCCUCCAAAACAAUCGUAUCUCCCCAUAGUGAAACCUUCUACCCAUUAAGGAGUUCAUUCCCAUUGUCCUUUGUCCUGCAGCUGUCAACUUGUUUAGUGUCUAUUGGAUUACUUAUUUUUGGAUAUUUUGUAUAAAUGGAAUCACACAAUACAUACUCUUUUGUGUCUUCUUUCCCUGGGAUUCUGUUUUAGAGAGACAGGGUCUCACUAUGUAGUCUAGGCUAGCCUUGGCCUCACCAUGUAGCCCAGUAUGGCAAUCUUCCUGCCUUAGCCUCCUGAGUGCUGAAAUCACAGGGGUGUAUCCCCAGGCCCAGCUCUCUGAGCAUUCUCUUUUUACUAUACAUUCAUAUUGUAGCAUAUACCCGUAGACUUCAUCUGAUUUUAUAGCUAAAUAACAUUCCAUUGCUUAUAUUUACCAUCAUUUAUUCAUUCAUGAAUAAUCAUUUGGGUUUUUCCACCUUAAACCAUCAUGAAUAAUACUGCUGCUCACGUAACAAAUGUGAGCAUGUUUGAGUCCUUAUUUUUUGGAAAGGUAUUUUCCGUAGAUAAAGAGUUAAAGGUUGAGUUGGCCACUGCCUUCCUUCUAUAAGUUCUUGAAAGAUGUUUCUCAUCCUCUUCUAGGUUACAUUGUUCCUGCCAAUAUACUGUUCUCAUCCUUAUCUUUGUUCCUCUAUAAGUAAUAUGCCUUCUUUUUUAGAUACUUUUAAGAUUUUCCUUUCAGUAUUGACUUAGGCAUUCUGGUGAUGUGGUUCUCUUCACAUUUCUUAUGCUUGCUCUUGCUGGACUUCGUAUGUAUGUGACUUCAUUGACCUUAGGCUUUUAAAAAAUAAACAGUUUUUGAUUUGUUCUUUUUUAUAUCCUAUCUUUCCUCUUUUCUUUGGGAGAUCCAGUUAGAUAUAAUAUUCUUCCUCAAGUUAUCUUACAAGAGAAUAAAUGAUGUUCUGCUCAUUGUUUUAUUUGUCUUUUUUCUGCCUUUCGCAUAAUUUCUGUUUUCUAUGUCAAGUGCACUAAACUUUUCUCCAGUAUCUAAUCUGCAGUAAACACAAUCUGCUAUAUUUUUCAUCUCAGACAUUAUGGUUUCUAUUUCUAGAAAUUCAGUUUGGAUCUCUUAUAUAUCCACAAUUUUCAAGCCUUAUUUUCUUAAACAUGGGAAAUACCAUUCCAAUAACUAUUUUGAUAUCCUUAUUUACUAGUUCUAUUAUUCUGUCAUUUCAUGAUUCAUUUUAAAGACACUGACUUAUCUCAUUAUGCACCAAAUAGUCCUGCGUGUCUUUGCAUGCUUAUUUUAUGCAUAUUUUAUGGGAUACUAGACAUUGUGAAUUUUACUUGGGUGCUAGAUGGUAUCAUGUUCUUUUCAGUUUCUGUUGACUCUUGUAGAAUGUGGCUAUUCUUAGAAAGUUUGGUCCUUUCAGAUCUUAAACUUUUAUAGACAAAGGAUUAAUCAGUCUAUCUAUACAUGGCAAAAUCCUGUUAAACCAUCAUGUCCUAUGAAUUAAUGAUAUUCUCUUCUUUGGCUGAUAAGAAUAGCUAUUUUUCCUGCUAUUUUAUAGACUAUUUUAUAGACUAGCUAUUUUAGAGACUUGUUAUUAGUAAUUUUGUAAGUAGUUUUACUUGCAAUCUCCAUACUUUUAAAAAAUUUUUUUAUUUUAUUAGUACAUUUUAGAUAUACAUGGUAGGGGGCCUGGUAUUUAGCUCAGUGGAAUAAGUGCCUGCCUAGCAAGCACGAGCUUGUGAGAUCAAUCCCCGAUACCAAAAAAAAAAAAAAAAAAAAAAAGAUAUACAUGAUAAUGUUCAUCAUAGGGAAUUUGUCCCUGUGUAUCAUAGGGAAGAUACAUAAUCUACCUUGCUGCUUUUUAUCCAAUUCCUCCCCUCCCCUUCUACCCUAUUCCUCCCCUUAUUUAUAAAAGCUUUGAUUCCAUUUUUUCCUCUUUAUUUUUUUCCUUGACCCUUCUUUCCUUUCUCCCUUCCCCAUUUUGUUUUCUUUCUCAUUUGAACAUUUUAUUCCCAUUCUCCCAAUAUCUGUUACCUGUUUUGGUCCUUAUUUACACUAUGAGUUUCUCACACGAGCAAAAUCUGUACACUGAUUUCCUCAGUGAUUGUACCAGUUUAUCCUCGCACCAACAGUGGAGGAGGGUUCCUUUUUCCCCACGGCCCUGCCUGGCAGUUCUUUACCCACAUGCACUGUCCACUGCUAUGUAAUCACUGAAGAGGGGCUCUCUAUAGGUUUUCAGAGUUCUUCCUCUUUGUAGCCUUCUUUUCACUACUGUCUUAGUUAUUAGUUACUUAGUUAUUCACUCAUUGCUGAGACAAGAUGCCUGACACCCACAAAUUAAAAGAGAAAAGAUUUAUUUCAGUUCAUAGUUUAUAGAGGUUUCAGUCUAGAGUUGGCUGGCUCUAAGUUAGGGUGGCAUGGCAGAGAGCCAUCACAGAGAGAGAAACUGUUCAUGGCGGGACAAGGAGAAGGCAGGGAGCAGCAUCCUCCCUUUCGCCUCAUCUAGGCUACAAGCCUUUUUAAGGACGUGCCAACCACACCCAGAGCAAGGCUUCUUACUCUCCAGACCUGUAACAGCCCUAAGCCAAUCAGUGGACUGAUUUAGUUGUCACACCCUUAAUCCAUGUUCACAAAUACUAUAUCUAGCCACUUUUGAGAAACCCCACCAAUGAGUGCAUGAGGCUUUGAGGGACAUCUAGACAUAAGCCAUAGCAACUACUCUACUGCAUCAACUCCAGCCACCUUAGUUUCUACUUCUAGCAACUGGUCUUAAUGUGGUGAGCUUGGCGGACUCUUCCUGCACUGUAGCCUAGAAACUCUCCAGAAGAUAACCUAGGGCAGCCAUCGGGAUGGGCUGCUUUAUUUCUUGUGUCUCGUGGUCAUUGUCCUUUCACUGCUUAAUAUCCGUUGAUUUUACACCAUCAUUUCAUUAGUUGGUACAACAUAAAAGAGAGAAAAAUUAAUGAAUUUUACAUAAAAUAUAUAUAAAAUCUGCAUAUAUGUGUAUAUGCCCAUUAAUUCUAAAGAAACCACUAAGCGUUUCUACAGUAGAAAGUCCAGGUUGCAAUGUCUCUUUCCAGUUGAUCAAUCCUUUUCAAAUCUGCACUAUGUUCUACCACUAUUGACCAAGUAGCCUUGUUCUUGCAUCCUUAACACAUACACAUAUUCAUUACUUUUUCUCUCUUUUAUGCUGUACCGUAACCCUUGUUCACCAUGACCUUAUCUCCUAAGUUGUAUCUUGUUAAAGCUAAUGUAAUUUCAGAACAUUUAUCUUAUUAAAAAAACUUUACAUUGGUAUUUUGUACUUGAAAGGGACUUCAAAAUAGAAUAAAGUUAAAUCUAUAUGUACUAACUUUAAAAGACAUACCAUAUUGACAAUUUCAAAAACAUGAUACUGUUUCUGUUCAAACAUAGAAAAAAUGAAAAAAAUUGUGAAAAUAAGUCAUGCCAAAAGAACAUAAAUACCUCUAGUUAUGCACUAUAAAUAUAAAGUAAGCUUUAUUAAGGGAAGACCUACAAGCAGAGAAUUAACUCAUUUCCCAAGUACUCUUCCUGCAUAAAAAUAUGUUUAUACCUGGCAUAAGCGUUCUGGAUGCACCCCUAACAGGUCUUUCACAGAAGGACUCCCCCCGUAAUGUUUGCACAUUUAGAGAGAAGCAGGCCAGGAGACAUUCUGGUACCUGUAACAAUGGAAAAGAGAGCAUCUGAAGCUUAGCAUCUGGGAUCUGUCCUAGUGGGCUAUGGGUGUCUCCCCAUAUAUCCAUAUUUGUCUCUUCAACAUAUAAACAGUGCUUGCCUCUGGGAUUAGAGUAGGUUAGUAAGAAACAGCUCAUUACCAUAGGCUUUCUUGAACUGUAUUAAUUUAUUCCAAUCUUUAUAUAUUACUGAGUAAUUUGUAAAAACCUACAUAAUUUUUUUUAAAAGAUAGAGGUUCAGUGAUCAGCAUUGUAUCUAAUUCAUAUUAGUUGCAGAGAAAUGUUGAUUCAUUCAAACUGGAUCUUUCAAGCCAGGGCGUGGUGGCUCAUGCCUGUAAUCGCAGCACUGAGGCUAAGGCAGGAGGAUCAUUGUGAGUUCAAGACUAGCCUGGGCUACAAUGUAAGCUCAAGGCCAGCCUGAACUGCAUAGCAAGACCCUUUCUCAAAAAAACAACAAACAAACAAGCAAACACCUGGAUCUUUCCCAUCCAGAAAGCUUGAACAUAGCUUUCUGGAAAUUAUGCAAAUGAGCAACAGAAACCUAUUUUUAAAACAUAUUUAUAGCCAGGCAUAGAGUAAUUCCAACACUCAUGAGGCUGAGGCAGGAGGAUCCCUGUGAGUUCAAGGCCAGCCCGUGCUACAAAUUGAGUUUAAGGCCAGCCUGACCUGCAUAGUGGAACCCCAUCUCAAAAAGACUAAAUAAAUAAUUAAUAAAGCAUAUCUAUAAAUAAAAAUUUCAUUCUAGCAGUAUUCUUUGUUAUCCAAGAUGUCACUGGCAAGGAAAUCAAUGGCUACCUCCAUAUAGAUGCCUAAAUACAUUCCUAUAGAAAUGGAGACAUUUUGGAAUGAUAUACACCAGAAAGAGAAAUCAUUGAUGUUCUUAGCGUUGUGGAGGAGGCACUAAGGAGUUUAUGUUCCACCUGGAGUUUGAAUUACUUACAGCGUCUAAGAGUUAUUUUCUCCUUCUCUCCUUUCCUGCCUCAUCUCCUUCUAUUUCAUUAUCAAGAGCAAUUAUAUUAAAGGAAUGUAGAAGUGUUCCAGAGUGUCAGAAAAGGAAUUUACUGGAGGAAAAAUUCAAAAGCUUCUAAAAACAUUAAAUAUGCCCUGGAAAGCUUUACAACUGAGCAAUAAACAGGAAGGGCAUCUAAUGUAUGCUCUGGCAGGGGAGAGAAAAAAAAAAGAUGAAACAGAAGGCGAGUGUCUGCUUUGUAGCCUUUGAAUACUCAGGAGUAAGUUUCAGGACAUAGCAGCGAUGUUGAGAUACCUGAUUUCUGCAGACAUGGUAACUACCUGGAGAAAGGAAGCCUUUGCUCUUUUGAGUUGCCACUGACAACUGCUAAGAGUGUCCUGCCCCGACUCUAGUGAGCUGAGGCUCUUGGGAGGAGUGUGGGGUACAGAUGACCCAUACAGUCCCACCCCCACAUUUUACACAGAGCGGCCAUAUGCUGACUGCAGCCUACAGGAACUAAAUCUCAUGAGGGAGCUUCCCUGUUUCAUCUCCCCACCCACUAGGGACUGAACCCGGGGCCUCACUCACAGUGACAGACAAGUGCUCUGCCAUUGAGCCGCAUCCCCAGCCCUUUUCUUCCUUAUUUUGUUUUCAUUUAUUUAUUUGUUUAAUUUUUUUUGAAACAGCAUCACUAAAUUACCCAGGGUGGCCUCAGACUCACAUCCUCCCAUUUUAGCCUCCCAAGUUGCUGGGAUCAUAAACAUACGCCACUCCCAGCUUCCCACAAUAUUGAUAAGAAAAAAGCUCUGCUCUUUUAUCCCACCAAGGGGAAGACUGGAUGAUGCUGCCAAUUAAACUAUGAAGCAGUGCUUUGUUAUCACUUUCAUUUUUCCCCCCAUUUUAGACCAAGCUCUGUUCAGACCUUGGCAGUGAUUUUUAUCAUACAUUACACAAUUGUUUCUAUACUUUUUUUCUAACAAACUUUCAGUGCCAGAUCGUAUUGUAAUCUUUCACGUUUGAAAUCACAGUUAGACUUCACACGAAAAGGAUUAGCCAUAAUCAGAACUUAAUUGAGAUGACUGUAAGCAGCUAAGACCAAAGCUGUUCCUGUGUGCUCUUGGCUUACAACAAUUAAAGGUGCAAUAACAUUCUCCUCAAAGAGAUGCAAACUAAUACGAUUUAUGCUGUCCUUUACCCCUAGAAUGCUUCCAUCUGUUGAUAUUUAAUAACAGUGGCUUGUAUUUUACCACUAGAAAUAACUAGUUUUAAACAAAUAACUACAUUUCUUGAAUUUUACUUAAUUUAGCAAAUGAAGUUUACCCAUCCAUCAGAAGUUUUUCUGCAGCUCAGAGGUCCCUGGGCGCUUGUGUGUUAGGAUUCCCAGUGUGUUAGGUUCCCUGCCUGCCCCACAGUGGCUCACACUGACCUUCUCAUCCUGUCUCCUGCCUUCCUGCCCCUGAGCCAUGUAGCUUUUGCCGUGAUUGUGCCACUUCGUGACCCUCCCUGCUGUUCUCUUUUCUCUGUCCAUUUGGUGGAUGUUGACUUGCCCAGUGCUCAGUUUCAGCAUGGUUUUUUAUUGUGUCUUACUUUAUCUUGUUUGUUGGUCUCUAUUAGCCACCACUUACAAAAUUUCAUUCUGUUAUAGCAUACACAGCACUGUAGAUAUCAGACAGAAAGCCUGAAGCCCUGCCUAUAGUCCAGUCUUCUGAGCAUCUUUUGUCCUAAAGUGGCACACUCUAAUCCUCCCUCUCUGGAUUAUCUCAAUAAUUUGAUUGAUGUUGCUCUCUUUUUUAAACCACUUACCUUGGGUUUUGUUGUUGUUUUUGGUACCAGGGAUCAAACUCAUGACCUUGCAUUUACCAGACAAGUGCUUGAGGCACUGCGCUAAACCCCAACCCUCAGUGUUCUUUUUAAAUGUAGUUCUUGCUGGGUGUGGUGGCCCGUGCCUAUUACGCCAGCACUGGAGAGGCUAAGGCAAGAAGAGGAUCCUUGCUUUUGAGAUCAACCUGAGUUACAAAGUGAGCUCAAGGCCAGCCUAAACUGCAUAGUAGACUCUGUCUCAAAAAGACAACAAAUAAAACAAGUUUCAGUAAAAUAUUUCUGUCAAAUGAAUGGAUUACUUCUGAGGGAAAAGCCAGAAAUGAAGCGCAGAAGGAGUUAGCUUUUAAGACAGACAAAGGUAAAAUGAGAAGACUCUUGAACAAGACUCAACCCCAGACAUCCAGUUCACCAAAGGCAAACCCAGGGGGCAGCAAGGCGGGACAGUCCCACUUGGCCUCUCUUUCAGUGGUAACAACAAAGCAAUUGAAUGAGGCUCUGGGGAAAAAAAUCAAAUCAGAAGUAAUUUCUCAGUUACUACAGAGAUGGUACCCACAAUGAGACCAUGCUUAGUGACUCUAGAGCAAAUACAGACCAAAAUAUAGACAACUUUAAGAAAAUUAUGAGAGCCGUGAACGGUUAGCAUAGAAAAGAAAUGCAAAUCUAUAAUGCAGAUUCAAGCAGGUAUCUACGAGAAUAAAAAUUCUGUUGAAAGUAUUCACAGCAGAUUGUGAGGACAGGAUCUCAGGUAUAGAGGACAGGUUUACAGUUAGCAAUCAUGAAACAUUUCUUUAAAAUAGCAAGGAACCAUGAAAAAUCAAUCCUGCAGCUGCUACAUGAGGCAAAGUAUAACUUAAAAUUGAUUGGAGGCAAUGAAGAAAGAGGAAGAGAUAGCACAAGUGACAUAAAAAAAAACUGUUCAGAUAUCAUGGCAGAAAACUUCCCUGGAAAGAAAAAGAAUUUGACAUACAGAUAAAUGAGAAAUACAGAACUCCAAUGAGAUUAAAAAAAAAAAAAAAAAAAAAAA